AUGGCUGUUGCGUUUCGUCUCAGCACAGCCCUACUCCCCUCGCUCGCGGCACCCAUAGUGUCUCCCACCAACGCCGCAAAGCCCUCCCUUUCUUCCGCAUCCCGCGCCGCCUUGCUACCUUUAAUUGCCGUCCGCGCUACCGUUACUCCUCAGCGAUCCCCCGCGUGUCGAGCAUCCACGGUCGUCGACUCGGCCACGUCAACAGAAACCAUGGCUGACGCGGCAGCUCCGGCGACUGACGUCAACGCGUCCGCUGGCGGCGUCGAUUCGCGCAGCGGGUGCAGGAUCUGCGCGGCGGUGACGGCGACGACGGUGGGUGGAAUGCGGGAGCAGAUGGCGCAGGCCAAGGCGGCGGGAGCGGACACGGCGGAGCUCCGCGUUGACCAUUUGACCGAGUUUGACCCGAGCGUUGACCUCCCUGCGCUCCUAAACGGCCGCUGCCUGCCCGUUAUUGUCACAUGCCGCCCCACGUGGGAGGGCGGCAAGUACGCCGACCCGGACGAGGAGAGGCGGCAGCAGGUGCUGGCGAUGGCCAUGGAGAUGGGAGCUGAGUUCAUUGACGUCGAACUGCAGGUCGCCUCCGAGUUCAUCCAGAAGCACGUUGCACCCCGCCGCGCCGCCGCCGCUGCUGCUGCCGCUGGUGACGGUGUGACUGCAACGCGUGUGAUUGUAUCGAGCCACAACUACAGCGUGACCCCGCCAUUGGAGGAGCUGCGGGCGCUGGUGGCGCGCAUAGAGGCUGCUGGGGCAGACAUUGUCAAGUUCGCCACCACGGCCACUGAUAUCACUGACAAUGCACGCGUGUUCCAGAUACUCAAGGAGGCGCAGCGCCCCACAAUCGCAUUGGUGAUGGGUCCCAAGGGCCUCAUCAGCCGUCUCCUCGCGCCCAAAUUCAACGCCUUUCUCACCUUCGGGGCGAUCACCCCUGGCGCUGAGUCAGCGCCAGGUCAGCCGACGGUCGCUGAGCUGGCGGGCACGUACAGGCUGGCGGGCGUGGGCCCGGCAACGCACGUGUUUGGGCUGGUGGGGAACCCGGUGGCGCACAGCAAGGGCCCUGUGCUGCACAAUGCGGCGUUAAGGCAUGUGGGGUAUGACGGCGUGUACGUGCCAUUCCUGGUGGACGAUGUUCCGGAGUUUCUGAAGACGUUUGACGGCCCCGAUUUCAAGGGGUUCAGUGUGACCAUUCCCCACAAGCUCGCGGCGUUGGAGUGCUGCCACGAUGUGGAACCUCUUGCCAAGAGCAUAGGCGCUGCCAACACCAUCAUUCAAGGGGAGGGCGGCCGGCUCAAGGGGUACAACACAGACUGCAUGGCGGCCAUAGAGGCCAUCGAGGACGGGCUCAGGCAGGCAGACGGAGGCAGCAUCAGCAGUAGCAACGCGGAAGCUUCCUCCUCGCCCCUCGCCGGCCGACUCUUUGUGGUUGUGGGGGCGGGGGGUGCCGGGAGGGCUCUGGCUUUCGGUGCUAAAGCAAAGGGUGCGGAUGUGAUUGUAACAAAUAGGAGCUACGGCAAGGCGGAGGCGCUGGCUGCGGCUGUGGGCGGCACUGCCGUGCCUCUGCCGUCUGGUUCUGGUGACGUGGCAGCGGGUGGCGAUGAGCUGGCGGCGGUGUUGCAGGAGAUGCAGAGAGGGAGGAGUGGGCGUGCUGUGCUGGCAAAUACGACCUCUGUGGGCAUGCACCCUCAUGUGGACGAUACUCCGGUCAGCAAGGCUGUGUUGCAGGAGUGCAGUCUGGUGUUUGAUGCAGUCUACACCCCCAUGGAAACCCGUCUGCUCAAAGAGGCGAAGCAGGCAGGAGCUGCAACGGUCAGUGGCGUCGAGAUGUUUGUUGGCCAGGCGGCUCGACAAUUCGAGCUCUUCACUGGAAAGCCAGCUCCUGUGUCGUUGAUGCGUGAAAAUUUCCGCCAAAGUUCCGCCGGCAUUCCGCAACCCUCCUCUCGCUCCCCUCGCAUCAUGGAAGCGGAGGAGCCUCCGCGCGCGCGCACUCUCCGUAAUGCCGCCAAGCGGUGGAGCGUGCCGGCCGUCCUGCACCCCGCGUCGGGCCGGCUCGUCCCCAUGGACGACUGGGCGAUCUCCGCCGCCGUCGCCGCGCAUAGCGACGGCGCGCCGGUCGCCCCGUCGGCCGCAUCUUCCAGCCACGACGAUUUCUUGAAGAAUCUGACCAAUCGGAGCCGGAAGUGGAUUGGCGGAGCGCGCACGGCCGGAAGGCCCGGGACGUCGUCGUUUCGGGACGCGGAUAAUGCGGCGGCUGCGGCGGCGACGCCGGGCGCAGCGCCGGCCGCGCCGCCGUCGCUGAAUAACGUGCCGGAUCCGGUCUCCCCGCGCUGGUUCUGGCUGGAGAAGCGUUCCCGCCGCGCAGUGACCCACCUGGACCUCUCCCAGCCGUCGCGCUUCCUCGAGUCGCUCCCCCUCGCCUUCUUCCCGCGCGUCACCUCGCUCUCCCUCAACUGCUCUCUCUACCGCCGCCCCUGCUCCGCCGAUAGGCUCUAUGACUUCAGGGAACUGCACGUGCUCGAGCUGCUGCAUCUCAAACGGAUCCUGAAUCAACGGCCCUGGGAGAAUCUCGAGUUUGUCGGCUCGCAUUUCCUGCUAGAGGGGCUUCCUAAAACGGGGAUGGGGUACGGUGGAGGGUUUGUGGGCGCGGGAGGGGGAGGGGGAGGGGGAGCCGGUGGUGGUGGCGGUGCUGUUAACUUGCAGAGUGGGAGUUUCAGUGCCAGCGCUUCGGUUUCCACUCCAGGUGUUACGACCCCGGCUGUUGCAACUCCAGGUAUGGUGACUCCUGGCGGGGUAAUCACCCCGGGCGGGGAAACUACCCCCGGGUUUCCCGGCUCGGAAAAACCCGCGAGUAAAUUUUCCCGGGAUGGUGGCGCGGGGUCAAAGUCAGGCAGAGGGCGCUCAGGAGGGGGGGGCGGGCCAAAGGUGUGGGAUAUGAUGGAGGAAGAGGAGGUGGUGGGAGGAGGGGGGGGAGGAGGAGAGGUGGCGGGUGCAGGGGAGGGAGUUGGGGGUGGGAGAGGAGGGGUUGGAGCUGAGUUCAUGCGGAUUGGGUUCUUUGACAAGUGUGGGGCAUCGCUGCAGUCUCUGAUCCUGGAGGGGGGACGUAACGUUACCAACAUUGAGAAUAUCGCCAAGGAGAUAUCCAUCAAGAUGCUAACCCAGGAGCUAGCCCAGUGCUCCGCCCUGCGCCAUCUGGUCAUCUCCCAAACCGUCAAGGGCAACCCGCGCCUGCUCGAGCGAGCCUUCUCCUCGCUGCCCCUGCUCACCUACCUCGACCUGGGCAACCUCAAGAUCGAAACCCCGGGGGCGUCUGGUCCCCCGCUGCUGGGGGCAACGGAUGGGAUGCUGAGGGAGGUAGCGCGGUGGUGUGCGGUGGUGGAGGAGGUGUAUGUGGGCCCGCAUGCAACGGUGGUGGGGGUGGAGGCGGUAGCGGGGAAGUGCAAGCAGCUGCGGGUUCUUGGGGACGUGACUGCUGCGUGCCGGGACUCCAUGCAUGUCAUGAACAAGGUGAGAUGCUCUUAUGGGACGUCCCAACCCAAGGUGUAUGUGGGUCCGCAUGCGACGGGGGUGGGGGUGGAGGCGGUAGCGGGGAAGUGCAAGCAGCUGCGGGUUCUUGGGGAUGUCGCUACUGCGUGCCGGGACUCCAUGCAUGUCAUGAACAAGUGGGCCACUAAUGAGACGCUAGAGGAGGUGGGCCGUUCAUGCCCCUCCCUGCGCUCGCUGCUCAUCCGCUGCAACGCAGACAUCACAGACGCAGGCCUGGUGGCGCUAGCAGCACUCAACCCCAACCUCACCCAUCUCAACGUCUUCGCCCUCGCCCACUCCCUCACAUACAUCUCUCUCGUCUCCGCCGCCCGCCACUGGACCUCCCUCGAAACCCUCAUCCUGCCCUUCUGCGAGCGAGACGACCGAGCCGACCUGCCCGACCUGGUGAAAGUCCUUUCCAGCUGCCCGAAGCUGAAAGUUUUCUCGAUCGGGCUGUGUGCGCAUAGGUAUUUUGAAGCGUUGUUGGAGCUGCUGGGAUCGUGUUCGUGGCUGGAGUAUGUGUAUCUGUAUGAGAGCUGCCAGGAGGGGCAUGAAUUCACCAUGGCUGAUCUCAGGAAGGCUGCUGCCAAGGAGAAGAGGAAACCGCUGAUUUGCUACGCUGCUGGGUCGGCUGAGGGGAUCUGA